AGAGCCUGCCAGUCCCGCCUGGGUAGCCAACUUCCCUGUCUUUUGUCCCUUUCAUUCGCCAGGACCCCUCCAAGGGCUCCCUUCCUAACCCCCAGCUCCCAUCUUCUCUCUGGGACCCGGCUGCCGGUCACUCCAGCCCCGCAGCAGGCUCAGUCUGGGAGGAGGUGGGGGGACUCUUGCUCCCAAGCCCUUCCCCACCCCUCCACAUAGGGCUGAAGGAAGUGAAGGGCCAGGCAGGAGGAGAGGGGCGCCAGCAUCCUUUGCCCCACUUCUCUCCCUCCCCCAGGCAGCUGCCUCUGUCCGGAAGGAGAGUGAAAGUGAAAGAGAAACUGCGGCUGGGGCAAAGAGAGAGAGAGAGCCGGGGUGGGAGAGGGCGGGAGUGGGGUGCGGCGGGCCCGGACCCGGACAGACAGACCGAUCAGACUGUUAGAUAAACGGGGCCUGACUGCCAGGACCAGACGCUCCCGGAGCCCAUGGGCGCCCCGGGCCUGCGCGCUCUGCUUCUCCUCUGCUGGGCGGGGGCCACCUGGGCCGAGCUGGAUGAGUCUGGGGGGCUCCGCAGAGGGGUCGAUCUGGUCCUGGACUGCGUCUUGGUCAAAGAGGACGAGCAUGGCUGGGGCGUCUCUGCCAGCCAGCUGAACGAGGCCCAGGCCACCCUGGUGCUGAAGCAGGUGCCGGUUCUGGAUGAUGGCACACUGGACAGCAUCACCGACUUCCCAGGGGUCCCUGUGGCCAAGGGAGACACCCCCAUUUCUUUGGAGGCCUCUGUGGACCGGGUGCAACUUCCUCAUGCUGAGGUUUUGCUCCAUGCCACUUGCCAAGGGAAGCUGGUGACCUGUGAGCUCACUCUUCUCAACAAGGCUGGACAGGAGGCCACUUCCCCGGAUGUGGCCUAUUUCAUCAGUACCAUUCAGGUGUCUGAGGGAGCCUUCAGUGUCUCCAUGGUGAUAAAGACCCUUGGAGGGACAGAGAAGGGGGCUUCCUUGCAUCCCAAGCUGAACCUGCCCCUGACCCCCCAGGGGACAGUGCUGGCUUCAGUGGAGUUACAGGUGAUGACACAGAAACCAUUUGUGCAGUCUUCCCUCGGGGCCUCUGCUUGCUUGCACUGCAGCUUCUCCAUGGCCCCUGGCUCUGGCCCGUUUCACCUUGAAUGGAGGCGGCAGCACCAGGGCCAGGGCCAGAGGGUGUAUUCCUGGGCCUCAGGGAAGGGGCAGGCUCUGCGGGAGGGGGCGAGGCUGGAGUCCAGGUUGCUGCUGGAGGCUGGGAACGCCUCCCUCACCCUGCCAGGCCUGACCUUGAGGGACGAGGGAACCUACAUUUGCCAAAUCUCCACUCCCCAACACCAAGCUCAGCAGAUCAUUCACCUCAGCAUCCUGGAGACCCCUAAAGUGCAGCUGAACUUGGUGAAGGAGGCCCUGCCCCCCACCCUCUUCUGCACCAUUGCUGGCUACUACCCCUUGGAUGUGGCCGUGACCUGGAGCCGGGAGGAGCCUGGUGGCGCCCCAGCCCCGGCCUCUGGUGCCUACUUCUCCAGCCACCGGCAGGGCGGUGCAGGCACCUACAGCCUUUCCUCCUCUCUGAGGGCAGAGCCUGGCCCCGAGGGGGCCACGUACAGAUGCCACGUCUCCCACGUCUCCCUGCCUGAGCCAGUCAUCUUGGAGAUGUGGGUUGCCCCUCCAGAAACAGGAGCAUCCAUGGGGUUCUUCAUUGCCACUGGCUUAUUCUUUCUCACCCUCCUGUUCCUGGGCCUCCGGAGAUGCUGAGGGAAGAACCAGAACCUCCCCCUCUGGGUCCUGCCACCCAUUGGACCCCAGGAGUCAUGGAUUCCAGAACAUGAAGUGAUUACCAAAGCCACCUAGUCCAAACUAAACCGGAAGAGAUUUCCCCUACAAUAGAGCCAGUAUUUGCUCAGAGACCUCUGGUGAGAGGAAACCCACUCCCUCCCAAGAGCCAGCAUGCUCCACACUGGAACAGUUUUCAUUGUCAGCAAGUUCUUCCUCAUACCCAGCCUAGCUUUGGCUUUUCAUAGCUUCCUUCAGUGGUACCUGGUUCUGUCCUCCAGGGACACGCAGAAUGGUCCUACUGCCCCUUACACCUUGUAGUCCUUCAGAUACUUGAAGGCAGCUCUCAGGUCCUCUCCCCCUUCCCCCCCAAGUUAGCUUCCCAGGUACUGAAUGGGCAAGGCCCAGUUAGAUGGCACCAUCUGGUUUGGGUGGCUACCAAGUGUGUCUGGGUUGAACACCCUGUGUUCCUUUCAAGACCCAGGUCUCACAUAGGGUACUUCAGCAGAGACCACUUUCCAUCCAUAUAGCAGAGUGGAGCCUUUUUCAGUCAGGGGUCAGAUUCAAUGGCUUCUGGACUCCCUUCCAAAUCUGAAAUCCUCUGACCUUCUCUUGGCAUCAUCUCCAGGCUUUCCCCGAUCCUGGCUGCCCUCCUCUGGCUCCUCUCUAGCUCAUCAGUGGCCUUCCUAAAAUGUGGUGCCCAGAAUGACCCACAAUGCUCCAGGUGAGGUCUGACAAGGGAAGGCCAAGCCCACCUGGCCUGGUAUCUCCCUCAUCCUGUAUGCCGCUCCGCCCUUAGCGAGUGUGGUCCGAGAUGGUGUUACAUUCUUUGGCUGCCAUUUCACACAGUUGACUCAUAUUGAGUUUUCAAUCCACUAACAAGCUCAGAUUUUUUUCAGAGAAAUAUCCCUUCUCUUGUACUUGUGAAGUUUAUUUCUCAUACUCAGCUGUAAGACUUUACAUCGAUGCUCAUUAGGUUUCAUUCAAUUAAUUUGGAUUCAGAACACUGUUAGGGUAUGUUCUCUGCAUCCUAUCCCUAGUAUUUACAAAGAACUGAUUAGGGAGGGAUCCUGAAGAAGGGGCAAAGAAAAGCCACCAGACAGCUAAAGACUGUGAAAUCCAUCCUGAGACCUGACCUGCAGCCAGUGGUGAGGGGAGGGACAGGGCAGGCAUUGAAUGAAGGUGCCCAGGACAGGGAGAGGACAGGGAACAUAAGGGAUGGGGGAGAGAAUGGAGAGAAUGGAGGACAUGACUGGAUCCCUCUUCUCCACAAACUCAAAUCUCUCUCAGUAAAAAUGGCCAUUUGACCCUACCCUUCUCAGUGUUGCUGUCACUGAUUAUCUCAUCCAAGUCUUCACAGGGAAGGGACUGGGGUCUAGCCCUCGUUCUUGCCUCCUUUAUUCUGCUUUUCUGAUCAUCUCAGCUGAGCCCCACACUCCCAACUCAAGCUUGGAUGACAGCUACCUUGCAAAUGGUUUAAGGUAAUAAAGUCUUGUAUACUACAUCUUGUAAUGAAACCCAAGGUGGCAUUAGUUUAUUUUUUUAGUUUUGGGCACCAUGGCACAAUGUGGAUGCAUGUUGAGCUCUCAGUCCACUAACCCUGUUUAUCAAAGCCUCCUCAUUUUAUAGUUGUGAAGUUGGACAUUUAAACUCAAUUAUGACUUUCCCUUUCUUUUCAUUAAGUUUCGUCAUGCUAGAUUUAGCCAAAUGUUCUAGAGUGUCAGGAUCUUUUGGGUUUCAGAAUGUUGGCACUCUAUUAGCUGUCUGCCCUUACUUUUGGUCACCUAAAAAUGCCAUCAGCAUAAUAGCUAUGCCUAUCCAAAUCGUUACAAGCAGUUUGGGGUCUUUUGUCAAGCACUGACUACGUGCCAGGCACUGUGGACACAGCUACUAAAGUGAGACAGUCCUUGUCUUCCAGAAGCUUACAUUCAAAUGGCAAAGCCUACCCAUAGGGAGGAGUGGGCCUGGGAGGGGUGUUCGGUCUGGGAAGUCACAAGGUAGGAGUCAUAGGGCAGUUGAUUCACAUGAUGGACCUCUCCUGUCUAGAAUCAGUGGCAGCAUUGAUUUAAGGAUUGUUCCCAGAGCCAGAGGUUGUGGUGGUGGGGGUGAAGCAGGCAAGGUGGGUGGUGAGAUGGCUAAGGUGAAACAUGUCCAGGAUCUGGAGCUAGCUAGACACAUUGGCCUAUCCCCGAUCAGAACAGCAUGGCCCCUGGGGUGUCUUGGCUCCUUCAGGGCUUGGUCUUGGAGAGAAUGUCAGAGAACUCUUCUCCCCUGGUGACUUAGAACCACUCGUGACAAGUUUUUGGGUGUAGCCAUUCGGUCAGAUCCAGUUUUCCAAUCUCAAGUGUCUCCAGAGUAUUCUCUUGGCCUUUCUGAAAACCAGAGAAACACCUGCUCUUUUCCAGUCCUUCUAUACCUUUCCAGCUCUCCACAACCUUUCAAGGCCACUCUUAUGUUCAGCGAUCCCAUUGGCUAGUCCCUUCAGCUCAUUCAGUCCAGGGUGUUUAGUCUGUCUGAUUCAGACUCCUUAAAAAUAGUUAGAUGCUUUCAUACCAUCUCUGUGUUUCUAGGGCUGUCCAGAUUACUUAGAACAAGCAGCAAUGUUGAUAUGGGGUCAGUUUGUGACAGCAGUAGUGAUAUAUAUCUGCUUCUCUCACUCCAAUUUGACCCAGACCAGGUGAAACUGGAUUGGGUUGCUUUCCCCACUGUUGGUUACUCUUCUUUUAUGCCAUACACGUGUACUUUUAAUUUCUGUUGUGUUUUUAAUCCUGUGAUUUUUUUUUUAAAGAUUAGAUAUUGCUUUAGGGAAAUGUAGAAAUGUUAUAUCUCUCAAAGAGCACAGUUCAAUUGUCACACUCAAAUUCAAAUGACUAAGGAUAUUUCAGUGUUGGAGUGUGUGUGUGUGUGUGUGUGUGUGUGUGUGUGUGUGUGUGUAUGUGUGUGUGUAGGCUCAGGCAUUUCAUGGAUCAUUAAAGCCUACAAGCAAACAGGAUAGCACAAAGGAAUAUGAGGCUAAAAAUGAAAAGGGCCCACAAGAACAGACGAAUUAGUGCUUCAAACCAGCCUGAUUAAUGCUAAUCCAGACAAAUGCCCUCAGACAGCGCUGGAACCUGGACUCCUUCACAGUGUGGUACAAGCUUCCAGAAGCUGGAGGAAAAUGGAGAAGACAAAGAAAUGCCAGCUGUUGCUAUGAAGAAAAAAUGUGUGUCAUGGUAAGACAAUAGAAAGUCUGGAGUACCGAAGAGUGGAAAAAGAUCAUUUUACUGAUGAAAUGUGUGCCAAAAACUGUUGCCUGGAGCUAUAACCCAGAGGUCAAUGUAUCACAACCAUCCUCGGCUGUGUGUUUUAGCCAGCUAAGGGGUACAGUGGAUAGAGCAGAAGUCACGGAGUCAGGAAAACCUGAGUUCAUGUUCUGCCUUAAAUGCUUACUAGCAGUAUGACCCUGACCAAGUCACAUCACCUUUUCAGCUUCAAUUCCCUAUAAAAUAGGAUCAUAAUAGAAAUUGCCUAGUGAUGUUGUUGUGAGGGUCAAAUAAAGUAACAUGUAAAAUGG